GCAGCAUUCACUCUCCUCCUGGGCCCUUUCACCUUCUUCAAUGUACAGAAGACAAAAUAUCUUCAAAUCAUGACGUCCCUCAUGAGAUGGAUAGCUUUCAUCCUCAUGAUUAUUCUGGCCCUCAUCCGCAUCAGCAGAGGCCAAGCUGAAGGUCACCCGUCCAUGGCCCAGCUGUCGGGCAUCCGCAAUCUCUUUGGGGUGUGCGUCUACUCCUUCAUGUGCCAGCACUCCCUGCCAUCCCUCAUCACGCCCAUCUCCAAGAAGAAGCACGUCAACAAGCUCGUGCUGCUCGAUUACAUCCUGAUCCUGGCGUUCUACAGCCUCCUCUCCUUCACUGCCAUUUACUGCUUCCGCAACGACACCCUCAUGGACAUGUACACACUCAACUUCACCAACUGUGAGAUCAUCGACGUUGCCUUCAUCCGCUACUUCCUGGGCCUCUUCCCCGUCUUCACCAUCAGCACCAACUUCCCCAUCAUCGCGGUGACCCUGCGCAACAACUGGAAGACCCUUUUCCACAGGGAAGGGGGGACCUACCCGUGGGUGGUGGACAGGAUCGUCUUUCCCACCAUCACGCUGAUUCCCCCAGUGCUGGUGGCUUUCUGCACCCACGACCUGGAGUCGCUGGUGGGGAUCACGGGAGCCUACGCGGGGAGCGGGAUCCAGUACCUGGUCCCGGCGUUCCUGGCGUACUGCAGCCGCAAGGACACGCAGCUGGUCUUCGGCAGCGGGGCGGUGAACAAGCACCUCUCCCCUUUCCGACACACCUUCUGGAUCCUCUUCGUGCUCCUGUGGGGCUUUUCUUGCUUCGUGUUCGUGACUGCAAACAUUGUCCUGAGCGAGUCAAAGCUCUGA